AUGGAAUACCGCUUCCUCGGCAAAACAGGACUCAAAGUCUCAGUCAUCGGACUCGGCAGCUGGCUCACAUACGGCGGCCACGUCGAAGAUGAACGAACGUAUGAAUGUUUGAAGACAGCCUACGAUGCCGGAAUCAACUUCUUUGAUACCGCUGAAGGAUACGAAGGUGGGAAAUCGGAGACGAUCAUGGGCAAGGCUAUUAAGAAGUUUGGAUGGAAGCAGCAGGAUCUGGUGAUUUCUACAAAGAUUUACUGGGGCGCAGCAAACGGCAGCCGUAAAGAAGCACUCAAUAACCAGGGCUUGUCCCGCAAGCACAUCAUUGAGGGCUUAGAUCUUUCCCUUCAGCGUCUACAACUCCCGUAUGUCGAUGUCGUAUACGCUCACCGGCCCGACCGACAAACUCCCAUUGAGGAGAGUGUGCGCGCAUUCAAUCACGUUAUUAAUCAGGGCAAAGCCAUGUAUUGGGGCACAUCAGAAUGGACUGGCAGCGAAAUCGCCGAGGCAUGGCGUGUAGCAGACAAGUUGAAUUUGAUCGGUCCGGUCGUUGAGCAGCCUCAGUAUAAUCUGCUACAUCGCGAAAGAGUUGAGCAUGAGUACCGUUGGCUGUAUGCUGAACAUAGCCUUGGAUUGACUGUCUUCUCGCCCUUGAAGCAGGGGAUCUUAACGGGUAAAUACAACAACGUCAGUGCUCCACCACCCGGCUCSCGACUUGCUGGUGAUGGCAAGAUCGGCUUCGUCAACGACUUCACAGCAAACUUUGGUGACGAGGCGUGGAGAAAGGCCCUCGCGGUUGUUUCUAAUCUCAUGCCUAUUGCUGAGGAGCUCGACGUCACUCUAGCUCAGUUGGCUCUGGCAUGGGCUCUGAAGAAUCCGAACGUUUCUUCUUUGAUUACGGGUGCAUCGAAGCCUGAACAGAUAUUUGAGAAUAUCCGGGCUAUUGAAGUGGUGCCCAAACUGACCCCAGAUAUCAUGAAGAGAAUUGAGGAUGCUGCCCAGACUGCCCCUAAGCUGGAACCACUUCGCUAUUGA